AUGGCUAAUGUAAAUAGUUUACUUAUCCUAUUUUGCUCAAUAGUUCUAGUUUCCCUAGGUGAAACUAAAUUAGUAGAGAAUAACUAUGCGGCCUCUAUAUUCGAUAUGGGAGAUCUAAUUUCCUAUGAGCAUUACCUGCUGAAUAUAUUACAGAACUUUACUAAUGAUCUGCAAAAGAGAGUGGAUACAAUAGAGUACUAUUUGGAAAUGGUGGGGUACGAUGAGGAAGAGGAGCUUCCAACCGAUUCGAUAGAAUCUUUUCGGAUCAUUCGUCGUCUUUACUCGGACUAUUCAAAUUGGGUAUGGUAUUUGGAACAGCAGCCAUGGGAAACUUAUGUGGAGCAUAUAAUUGCUAUUGCUCCGCAAAUGCCAACAGAAAAGGACAUUGGGGAGGCCAACAGGGGCUUGAAACUCAUUCAAUUGGUCUACUCCCUGCCAACUCGUCACAUGGCCGAUGGAGUUCUUCAAAACAUCCAUCAUAACACCUCGCUUAAUGCAAUGGAGUGUUAUACCAUAGCCAAGGAUAUGGCCAAGAAUAAUGAACUUAAGUUUGCCGUGGAAUGGUUAAAUGUGGGUGUGGAAAAGUAUAUGGAGGACCGGGAAAAUGAGGAUUUGUAUACCCAACUGGGAGUGCCCCUAGUCAGUUUCUAUGAACUUCUUGCGGAAAUUGAAAAUGCACUAGGUUCUAGAAAUUUGGCCAUGAAUGAACUGCAAGCUGCCCUAAAGGAGUGGCCGGAAAAGGUCAGUCUCUCAAGAGCGCAAUCUCGUCUGCAAAUGGACAUUCGCAUCGGCAAGGAGCCAAAGGAAAAAAAAGAAAUCAUAACUGGUGUCUAUCAACAAUGCUGCACUUGGGAGUGUCGUCCCAAUAAAAAACUCUAUUGCUUGUACAUAACCUCAUAUUUCCUGCGAUAUGCUCCUCUGAAGAUGGAAGUUUUAUCCCUCGAUCCCUUUAUGGUGAUCUAUUACGAUGUGGUCUCCGAAAGGGAUAUAGUCAGCAUUAUAAACCUGUCAAAGCGUGGUCUUAGCCGAGCCAAAACAUAUGGCGCUGAUGGAGCCCUUAAAGAAGACCCGGAUCGCACCACCAAGGGCUCCUGGUUAAAUGAUGAGCACGAGGUGAUACGGAAAAUGACCCAACUGACUCAGGCCAUGACCAAUUUCGCCCUCGACAAAUCGGAGGACUUUCAGGUUAUGAACUACGGAAUAGGCGGGUACUACGGCAUACACUUCGACUUUUUGGGAUACUCGAAGAAGGACAAAGAGAGGUUACCGGACCGCAUGGCCACAGCCAUAUUUUAUUUAAGCAAUGUGCCUCAAGGUGGAGCCACUGUAUUUCCGAGUCUUAACGUUUCGAUUUUCCCCAAGAAGGGCUCUGCACUUAUUUGGUAUAAUCUUGAUCACAAGGGUGACGGCGAUAGGAGGACAGGCCACUCAGCUUGCCCCACCAUAGUGGGUUCCAGAUGGGUUAUGACCAAGUGGAUAAGCGAAGAGGAGGAAGUUUUAGGAGGCCAUGUUUGAAAAGCAUUUAGCUCAAUUGUUUCGAAUAUCGGUUUAGCUCUUAAUCAGUCAAAUAUAAUAUUUAGGUUUAUGUAUACAAAAUUAAUUUAUUUUGUAGACCCU